UGAACCUGCUAUCCUUCCUGGUGUCGUUUGGUGCAAACAUCUGGUGCCUGGACAAUGACUACCACACGCCGUUGAACAUGGCAGCCAUGAAGAACCACAUGGAGUGUAUCCGCUACCUGGACUCCAUCGCUGCCAAGCAGACCCAGCUCAACCCGAAGUUGGUGAGCAAACUGAAGCGCAGGGCCUUCCGUGAAGCCGACAAACGCAUCAAGGAAUGCGCCAAGCUGCAGGAGAGGCACCGCCGCCGGAUGGAGAAAAGGCACAGGAGGGAGAUGUUGGAUACCUCGGACACCGUCAGCUUCUCCAGCUUCGCCAGCGGCAGCAGCCUAGGCCGCAGGCUUCAGGGCCUGGCCUCGGGGCCUUACUCACUCGGGCCCUCGGCUUCGGCCAUGGCCAAGGGGGGCAAGAGCAAGAUGCAGAGGAGGCUGGAGAGGAGGAAGCAGGCGGAUGGAACCUUCAAGGUGUCGGAGGAUGGUCGGAGGAGUGUGCGCUCGCUCUCGGGCCUGCAGCUCAGCAGUGAGGUGAUGUCAGUCAGGCCGCCUGGGCAGCACUCCAGUCCCCGGGGUAACAGCCGCCGCAACAUCCGGGACAUGUUCAGCCCCGACGGAGCCAGCGAGCCAGGCCCAGGCCCUACAGAGGCUGCCGGCUCCGAGGUCAGCACUGACUCUGGACACGAGUCCCUCUUCAACAGGCCCGGUCUGGGCACUCUGCUCUUCCGGAGGAGCUAUGCGAGUGGUGGGCUGUUUGGUCUAGGCCUGGGCUCAGGCCAGGGGGAUGAGGAGGAGCCAGACCCUGAGGAACAGGCCCCAGGCCUUCGCCGCCCCCCCAGCCUGGACGACAGCAUUGGCAGUGCCCGGAGCCUGCAGGAGGCUGCUGAGGCUGAGGACCAGUCAUCCUGGUUGGGCCUGGAGCUGAGCCCUGAGCCUGAUGUUGACAGUAGCCCCCUGGAAACGUUCCUGGCCUCCCUGAGCAUCUCCGAAUUGGUGCCAGUCUUCAACAGGGAGCAGAUUGACCUCGACGCUCUGGUGCUGUGCUCAGAUGAGGAUCUGAAAAGUAUUGCCAUCCCCCUGGGGCCCAGGAAGAAAAUCCUGGAGGGUGUCCAGAGGAGACAGCAGGCCCUUGAGCGGCCUGACAAACUGGAGGACACCAGCCUGUGAGGGGGCCCUAUUGUGAGCAGGGAGACAGGGGGCCCCUCGCAGGCUGCUGUUCCUGACAGGA